GAACGAUGAUCGAAUUGCACAUGUUUGGUGUAAUUUCUGUUGUUACGAUCAAAAACAUUUGAAGAUCAUUCAGUGUUUAGAUUGAUUUAAGUGAAUGUACAGUUAUUUAGAAUGGCGUCUAGUCAAAAAUACAUAGUUCUUGAGGAUGAUUAUACAGGAUAUCCAUUAGAUAUGUUUUGUAUACCUAAACAUUAUGAGGAUUCUUUAGAGCAUGUUUUAAUACCUGCUGGUUUAAUUAACGACAGAAUUGAACGAUUAGCCAGAGAUAUUAUACAAGACUUUAGAAAUGAAGCAUUAACUGGUUUAUGUGUAUUAAAGGGAGGUUAUAAAUUUUUCACAGAUCUCUUAGAUAAAAUUAAAGCAUUAAAUCGUAAUAGUGAAGAAUCUGUUCCAUUGGCUGUAGAUUUUAUUAGAGUCAAGAGUUAUACGGUUAGUUCAAAUGAGAAGAGAGAACUUGAGUGUAAUGGAGCACAUUUUAUUAAGGAUACAACCUCUGGUGAUUUACAAGUUACUGGUAUAGAUAAUCUGGAUCAUCUGACAGGGAAGAAUGUUUUAAUUGUAGAAGAUAUAAUAGAUACUGGUAAAACAAUGAAAAAAUUAUUAGAAGUUUUACAGAAACAUAAUCCUAAAUCUAUUAAAGUAGCAAGUUUAUUAACAAAGAGAAGACCAGGAGAUGGUGUAUAUAAACCAGACUAUUUAGGUUUCGAAGUACCAAAUAAAUUUGUUGUAGGAUAUGCUUUAGAUUACAAUGAAUAUUUCAGAGAUUUAAGUCAUAUUUGUGUUAUAAAUCAAAGAGGUAUAGAAAAAUAUACAAGUAAAAAAUGAAGAGAGAGGCAGAUAUAUAUAUUACAGAUAUAGGCAGACAUAAUUUCCUAUUAAUUUCAAUAUAGGCCAUAUAAAAUAAAUUGUAUGAAUUGAUUCACGUGAAGGCCUGAAUAACUAGUUGAGAAAACCCAACAAAAUAAAAAUAUACAUUGCAAAGAUAUUUUCAAAAAAUGUUCUUACCUACAUGUAACUUUUCUCCUUUUCAACAAAACAAUUGUUUCAGAAAUAUUCAAUAAAUUUUAGACGGCUUUAAAAGUAGAAUUAUUGAAAUGAAUAUAUAAAUAUUAGAACUGGAUUUUAUAUUAAACUGUUGUUAUAUAUAGUAUAAAAUUUUAUUUUUAUUUUCACCUUUCUUAGUAUAUGAUCAUCUUUUAACUUUUAUAUAUUUUUUGUCCCCUGCCAGGGGACUGUUAAAAUGGGCCUGUCCGUCACACUUUUUGGGACACAAAAAUUCUCCUUCUAAUUGAGCUAGAAUGUUCAAACUUUGUGUAGUGUUUGUUAGGUGAAUUCCUUGAUGGAGUUCGAAGAUGAGCAUUUUCUGUGUAGGGUAAGCAGAGAUAAGCAAUUUGAUUGGUUGAUGCUUUGGGACACGAUAGCUUUAGUUCUAAUUAAGUGAGAGUGAUGAAACUUGGUGUAUAGUUUCAUUACAUCAUAACCAUGACUAAGUUCGAUAAUGAGUAUAUUCUGUUCAGGGUAAGCAGAGCCAUAAGCAAUUUGAUUGGUCAAAACUUUGGAACACAUUAACUGUCAUUCUAAUUGAGGUAGAAUGUUCAAACUUGGUGUAGGUGUUCUUUAGGUGAAUGCCUUGAUAGAGUUCGUCGAUAAACAUUUUCUACUUAGGGUACGCAGAGAUAAGCAAUUUGAUUGGUUGACGCUUUGGGACAGGAUAACUUUAGUUCUAAUUAAGUGAGAGUGAUGAAGCUUGGUGUAUAGCUUACCUUGACUAAAUUGGAUAAUGAGCAUUUUCUUCUUAGGCUAAGUAGUGAUAAGCAAUUUGAUUGGUCAAGAAUUUGGAACAUGACAACUCUGCUUUUAAUUGAGGUAGAAUGUUUCAACUUGAUGUAGAUGUUCAUUGGGUGAAUGUCUUGACUGAGUUUAGUGAUUAACAUUUCCCACUAAAGGUAAGCAGAGCUAAGCAAUUUCAUUGGUCGAUGCUUUGGGACAAGAUAACUGAUUCUUACUGAUGGAGAGUGAUGAAACUUAGUGUAUAGUUUCACUACCAGGUACUUCAAAACCUUGACUGAGUUUGAUCUUGAACAUUUUAUGCUUAGACUAAGUAUAGAUAAUCAGUUUGAUUGCUCAAUACUUUUGAAAAAAAUAAAUGUGCAAUUAAUCAAUAUGUGUCAUCUAUUUAUUUUGGGAUUUGAGCGGGGGACGUAAGCCUCACUGUUGGCUUGUUUGAAUAGAAAUUGCAGGUAAGGCGAUAUCAUAUCUAGCACAAUGCGCAAUAUUUCUAUUAUAUUUUGUUAGCUAGUAUUUUAUCAUAACUAGAAUUAACAGCAUGUUUUAUUGCACAUGAUGGCACUUAGCAGUUAGUAAACAGUUUUGGAAAUUACAGUGAAUCUAAGGGAAAAUCAUUUAAUAGUGUGAUGAAAUUGUAUCUUGAUGAAAUAUCUUUCAAUGGAUUGUGCUAGUAUUAAAGAUGAUUUGUUUGUUAGUUGGUUAUUAUUUCAAGGUGUUGGUAUGUAGAGUUCACUUUGAUUAAUAGUUAUUAAUGUUCCAUAUCGAUCUUCUGGUACUCAAACUUUGAGAUCUUGUUAAAAUAUAUUUUUAAUUUGAUGUGAUUUAACUAUACAGUUACUAUAUAUUUAACUAUACCAGCGCAACAGGGAUGUUUAAAUUAGAUUGUGUGCUAAAUGCGAGACAAAUUGCUCAUACAAAAUGCAUUACCCUGUGUAGGCCAGUGUUAGCUAUUUUGAAUGUUGAAUAUAUCAGUAUUACUAUUAUUAAAAAUUAUUUAAAUUUAUUUUAACCGUAUUUAGCCUUUGGUACAUAUUCAGGUAAAGUAUUUAUAAGAAUUUAUAUUGUAUCUAUAUGCUACAUAUAUGGUUACAUAAACUUUUAUCCAUUUACAUUAUAGUCUAUGCUUUAUAUCCAGUUCAUUGUUAUGUAUCAUGGUGGCAAGCUAUAUGAUACAGUCUUUAUGUAUAAACUGUGAUAAAAAAAAAAUAUCUAUUAUAGAUAUAUUUCGUAGACCAAACUUCAAUUUAGCACAGAUUCUUACAUUUUAAUACAAUUUCAUUAAAGGGACAAUAACACUCUUGCUGGCUUGACAGCUCCAGAAAUUAAAAAAUAGCCUUAUUCUAAGUACUAGAUGUGUUAGUGUCCUACCUGUUGUGUAAAUUAUCCAUUAAAUCCUAUUUUACUUGUACAGAGGGUUCAAAAAUAUUUUUAAAUCCUAGUCAAAUUUGAAAAGCUUUACGCCAGGCUUUUCAAAUCAUUUAGUUGAAUUUUUCCAAUUUUUUAAAUUAGGUGUGUUAAGAUGAAAUUUGUAUCAAUUAAUUGGAAUAUUGUAAAAUAGUACAAUUUGUUGACCAGAAUAAAGAUUGGGAGAUAUUAUUCAGUUACAACAAGAGUGGUAUUGAGCCUUUUAAAUACAGAUCUAUAUUUUGUUUCGUUUUUUUUUACUUUCAAUGGCCUCCACUACAUGAAGCUCUUCCCUGUUGUUGUGGAAGGUUGCGUCAGACAUUUGAUUAACCAAUCAGUGUUGAUGUUUCUGUUGGAUACCCACAAAACUCGCCGCAACAGACCGUUUUAUUGGCUAAUCACUCACAUCAACCAGAAUGUGGGUUAUAUAAUAACUAGUGAAGUAAAGACAAGUAAAACAAAAUUUUAAACUAUAAAAAACAAAACGAAAUAGGAUCUGUGUUUUAAUCAGAUUGAUUUCAAUAUUUACAUUUAUUGUGUCCAUGUUAUUUUUCUAAACAUUACUUUAUACUAAUAGCAUUGAGGUUUCUUCAUCAAGCAUUUUUAAUUCUUGACUUUUGCAUCAUGAUAGUAAAUUUUAUCAUUUAGCAACUGUUAUUCAGUUUUAUAUAUGAAUUGUAUAUUUCAACAUGAUUUUGUAUGUAAACUAUUUUCUAGAAUAAAAGGUUGUUUUAAUUAUU